AUGGCUCCUUCCAACUUGACCGGCAAAAAACUCAUCCAGCAGGGACUCCCAGAUUUAUUACUCUCGGAUAGUUCAACUACAUCGAAUUCAACCCAUAGGAUUGAUUUCAUGGCUACUUUGGGAUUCUGGUCUCGGUUUGAGAGAGACGCGCGUCGAAACUUCUUACAGGCACGUUGGAAUAACACUGUUCUUGACUAUGACCCGGAUGAUCGUGAUAACGGUCCAAACCAUGUCAACCACGAGCAAUUAUUAUGUGGAGAUUCAGUCGCCAAUGGCGUCGAUUUCAACAAGGUUCCCGACAUCGCUGUCAUGGACCAAAAAGCUAGACUACUACUUGUCGGCGAAGCCAAAACACCCUGGGUUCAUGAAAUCGAAAAAACUCUCAAUCAUUCUCAGUCAAGGUUUCGAAGAUAUCUUGGCCAGAUAGCGCGAUAUAUGCAUUUAGCCCAGUGCAAGUAUGGUUUUCUCACGACCUAUGAUGAGACCAUCUUCCUGAAACAGGAGGCGCUCCCGGGUAGAAGAGGAAAAUGGAAUGCCCGAGGUCAUCAACAGGAUAUUUCAAACCCUGCCCUUUAUCGCCGGAAGGUGUCCCUAAGGGAAUGCUUCCUCUACCUGAUUACCCUUGCUUGUGAAGAGAGAACUGCUAAAAACGCCAUGGGCCUGCAUUCCUGGAUCACGGGAGACACCCUCAAUGUCGACAAACUCGAAUACCUAUCGGAAGGGUCCUCUGGCCCGUCGGAAGGAGAAGGAAAAGAAGAAGAAGAAAAAAGCCGAACGCCACGCUCGGCUAGACAAGGAGACUCCCGUGCCGCUCGAGCUGCUGCUCGUGAAAGGUCCCGGAAUCCCAUGACGUUAGGUGGUCUAGAAGAUCGAACCAGCCGACUAACUCUAACAACCCGGAACCAGUCUCGCAGAGAGAUUCCUUGGAAGGAAGGAUAUGUCGAUGUAUAUUUCAGUGAAACACGGCGAGAGUGGUAUUAUCCAGGCAGCCAAGAAGAGCGGGUUUAUGUCGAAUUGUUUGAAGAAGAGGACCCUCGUGGUGGCACCAUCAGCUACUUCAUCAAAGGCAAUUAUCGCUACCAGGUCGGGGAAAGAAAUGGCAGAAGGUGA